CCAACGGCCGGGCGCGUCCGGCCGACGACACUUUCCAGAGGAUGUGACAGCGAAGACCCGUUGGCUGAUUGGGUGAUUGUUUGUUUCUGUAUAAAGAGGGCGGUCUCUCUCUCUUACAUGCUUCUUGUUGGACAAUUCGCGCCAUCCCUCAGCUUGAUUGCGUGCCGCCCUCUUCCACGGCCUUAUCCCAUUCACUCCCUCACAUCACACUCCCACAGAACUAUCGAGGCAAGUUCAGCGUCCAGAAUGCGAUCCGCUACUGUCGCCUUUCUACUACUUAGCGCACUUCUCAUCAGUGCACAGAAGUCACACGCCAAAGGGACGCCGGAGUUGAUGCAACCCAUGGUGUAUGAGACUGACAAUAGUGAUUUGCUUGCCAAGGUAUCAUCGCAGUUGCUGAACGCCCUUGCCAAUAUUGAGAGCAUGCAGGAAGGUACACCAGUGAAGAUCGCCGAGAAACGUCGCAACAAGUUCGAGUUCAUUCGAUUUGGUCGAAAGUGA